AUGUGUGUUUGUUUGUUUUACAGGUAUCAAAUACAUGUGUAUAAUAUGGAUGAUGUAAUGUUAUGUAUUUUACCAUAUCAUGAAAGUAAAAUAUUUGUUAGAGCUCUCCAGCUGUUAAAAUUAGAUUCAAAAAUCCAAACCAUGUGGGACUGGCUUCACCCAAUCCAGGAAUCUGGUGUUUAUUUACCAAGAUCUACAUUAAUAAACCACUGUGGUACUAAUCCAGCAUUUCUUGCUUUUAUCUGUGAAAUGGUACCAAAAUAUAUCAAUGCACAUACAGUUGAUGAUGUGAUUUUAGUAAAACAAUUGAGAGUUGUCUUUUCUUUCUACACAACAACGAUUGUGGGAGUGUUGGAAAAUCGACCAAUUACAGAGAAGAUUGUAUCUGGUUUAAUACCAUAUAUAACACAAGGUCUCAAAUCAUCAACUGAAGAAUAUAAAGCAGCAUCAUAUAUGAUCUGUGGACAAAUGUUUUAUAAAGCACAGUUACAGGAGAAACUACUAGUGACUCUCCAAAACACUAUAUCAAAGUAUUUACUACCAUCCUUGUUAACAGAGGGUAUUAUCUGUAUUCUGGUUAUGUUUCAAUCACAGGACAAUAUAAACAAACUAUCCAAAAAAUCUUUUAAAUAUCUAUCGAGACAGAAUCGACUUGUUUCAGUACUAGAACAGCUGGCCAUUACACACAAUAUAGAUGCUCUCUUAAAACCCCUCUUAUUAAAGCUAAUUACGGCUGGGGUUAAGCAAGCAAUGACCGGUGUUGUUACCAUGGAUACAAGUGAUGACGAGGGUAGUGGUGGACCACCAUCUUUUUUAGCUAUCAUACGAGAAAUAAUGUCAAGAUUGACUUUAAAUGACAAUAUCGCUACAGAGAUGGCAAGUUCUAUAUUAGAGAAUUAUAUUGAGCAUGGCAGUGAUCUGAACCCCAAUGAUCCAAGUGGUGAAUCUAUUAAUCUUAAUAUGAAAACCAUUGUUUCUUCUUUAGAAACCAAGUAUCCAGAUUCUCUUGAUGCGGCCAUUGCUGAAAUGCGAGGGAGAGUAGAAGAUACUGAUCAACAAGAAUCAGUAGAUUAUUUUUUGCAGCAAUCUGUAGUUUCAGUUAAACGACAGAUUGUACCUGACAUGGACACUAACCUAUUCCUGUGUUUAAAUCAUAGAAGUGAAAUGGUUAGAAUUCGUUCUGUUCAACAUUUAUUGCGCAACAAAGAUCAGUGUAAUGAUGAUAAUUUUCUAUGUGAUUCGUUAUUGGCUAGAAUGGUAGAUGACAGCCCGAAUGUUGUUAAAACUGUUUUCAAAAAUUGUAAGGAUCUAGAGAGUGUGAUUAGUGAUAAACAACAACUAACAACAAACCUUUUACAAGUAUUUAAAACACACACUGAUAAAGAUAUCAUACAAGAUGCUCUAACAACAAUGGUAGCUAUUGAUGGCUGUGAUGUUCACAUUCGUGGACCUGUUUUACUUUCAUAUCUCUGCUGCCUGGAUAAACAAGACUUCAGUCUUGAUUUCUUAGAGAAGCUUUUGAAUUCACCAUUAGCAAGAGAUUAUUUACCAUUAUCUCAACUGAAAUCAAAAUGGCUGACUCCAUUGAAAAAGACAAAGAAUAUAACAGCAGUAGCAAUGAACAUCCAGUUAGCCCAGGUUGUUGGUGAAACUAUUGUUGACAGUGAUAAAGACUUCAGAUCAGUUAUCACAUCUAUAUAUGAACAGAUUGAUGUCAGUCCUUGUCCACAACGUUUAUUAUUUAUCGUAAAUCUUGUUUUAUUAAAACUUGUUCAAUCCAAGAAACAUGCUGGUGUUGUCACCAAAUCAAGUCUACUGUUAUCUGAGUUUUUAGAGAAAGUGUUUAGUCAAAAGGAAAAUAAAUCAACAGAAUAUGAAUGGAGUUCUGUAGAAGAUAUGGUACAAAAAUCAUUGACCUGUUUAACACAGGGUCAGCAUCUACCAUGGUGUUUUUAUCUGUGUUUAUUAUCACAGUUAGUAGAUCACAUCAAUAUACCUAAAACUUUUAAAGACAGUGUAUUUUGGCAGUUCAGAAACGAUAGCUCAACUGAAGAUGAUUGGUUAAAACUAAUUAUUAAACUUAUGGAUAUUUUAUUAGAACAAGUAGCAAAUUCUGACAUUAAAAAUCAAAGUCAAGAAUUACUGAUGAAAUUAAUUCAGACAAAAUUCCCAGAUUCAUCGACCCGAUUUAAAUUAUUUGGUUUAAUUUGGACAGAACAUGUCAAUAAUUAUAGUCAGGAACUAGGACUAACGGCCAUAUUACAAGCUAGAGUUUUACAGUUAGGUCAGAUGUACAUGAGAUCAUUACAGACAAUAGUCUCACCAACAUCAGUGAUCAUCAACUUAUUAAGUGUCUGUAGUAGCAGUCAUUCUACAUUACGUGAAGUAGCUACAGCUAGUUUAAAUAUAAUGGUACACAUACUACCUGAUACAGAAACUGCUAGUAGAUUGUUCUUACGUAACUUGUUAAAUACAGAAGAGGAAAUUAUUAAUGAUCCUUCUUACUUAUGUCAGUGUUUUAGAUCAGUUUACGAGAAUAAAAUCAUAACUUGUACACCAAAGAAAAAAAGAAGAUCAGUUGUUGAUGGUGAUAAAGAUUUUUCUACUAUCCUACUAGAGGUUGCUAUUGAUGAGGAGACACCAUCAUUUGUCACUAGAUCUAUACUCAGCAUGAUGUCAGAUAUAGAUAACGUGGAGUGUUUUUGUGAAAGUCUUCCCCUCUUAGAAAGAUAUCUGAGUAAUAAAUAUACAACAGCCACAGCCAUAGAGAUGGAUUGUCUUUCCCUGUUAUUAGAUAAAUACACACCAGACGUGGCUAGUAGUUUAAACUGUAAAACAAAAGAAUUAGAACUACUGGCAGAAGCUAUAUGUAUGUCCAGAAAACCAAAUAAUACUCGACCAAUGAUACAAGAGCUAGCCAUUCCCAAGAUCAAUAAAGAAUUUUACAGUUGUCUGCCAAGUCUAGAAUCCAAACAAGUCAUUCUGAAGUCCCUGAUAACAGCCUGGUUGAAUUCAACGAGUGUAUCUACUUCUAAUAUGGUCAAACGCAAUCUAAAACAUAUGAAUCUAGAUGCUGAUAAUAUAAUAGUAGAACUAUCAACUGUUUUACAAACAACUAAUGUUAAUACAGUCCGAGAAAGUAAACGUCUCAGAAAACAAAGUAGUCCUGAAAUAGAGAAAGAAUCAAUUUUUGAUAGUGAGAUGUGGAAAAGAAUUGUUAUUGUUCUAGAAGCUAUACAAGAAAAGAAGAAAAUUGAUCAGGCACCAAAACUUGUUCCUGUAGCAUUUCAAUUACUGGCUAAAAUAUUAGAAGCAGAAGAUCAUUUAUCAGCUGAGUAUAUAAAACAGUUGAUAUUAUCUACAUUAUAUUUUAUAUGUUCGAGACAUCAAGAUGAGAUCAAAGAAUCAGCUUUAAAACCUGAACAGUUUAAUCUGGAGAGAAUAGUCCAGUGCAUCAGGACGUCUGAUAAUCCACAGACACAUCAUCAAGCUCUACUCGUCUUGACAAUAGCAGCUAAAAUUCAACCAGAACAAUUACUACACAAUGUAAUGUCUGUAUUUACGUUUAUGGGUGCCAAUAUUUUACGUCAAGAUAACGCCUACAGCUUCCAUGUUAUCAGUCAAAUAUUGGAGAAUGUUAUACCUGUUAUUACUACUGCAUGUGAGGAGAAAUCUAAAGCUUCAAAAUCUCCUAAGAAAACAAAGAACAAGCCAGAGAUGAUAAUUGGGAUGAUUUUACGAAUAUUUGUUGAUGCUUAUCCACAUAUUCCUGAACAUCGUAAACUGAUGUUAUUCUCGAAACUGGUGAAUAUAGUGGGAGAGAAACAGUAUCUAUGGCAUUGUAUACUGCUAUUUAUAGAACAUGUUGGUACUAAGAACAAGCGACCAGCAGAUGAUGAUGAAGAUGACGACCAUAAGCAAGCUGGUCCUAUAUCUACAAAUGAUUUAGAAUUUAUCCUCAAAUUAGCUACAUCAUUUCCUGUUGUAACCCAGAUAAUGGCAGCAAGAACUAUGAUUAGUUUUGUAGCCUCACUUCCAGUUGAAAAAGAUGAUGAACCUGUGAAACAGAAAGUUGGCCGAACUAAAUAUACUGAUGAUGUUAUAACUGAUGAAGCUAAAAUAUUCAACAUAUCAUCACACACGGCCAAACAACUCCGGCAUUUUAAAUAUACAACAUUCUACGUUCUGUGUCAACAUCUACAAUUUGAUCCUUUUCUUUCUCAGAUAUCAUCACAAGGAGAAGAAGAUUUAUUGGUUCAUUUUCAGAGUUUAUUAGAAUGUGUUUUACACUAUAUAACACAAGCUGCUAAAACAUGUGAUAAUACACAACAUAAACCAGAUGCUAAAUUCUACCGAGUUUUACUUCAUAAAGUUUAUGAUUUACUUGACAAGGUUGUAUCUCUACUACCAGAUGUGAUGUUUGUUAAUGUUAUAACUGGUUUACUGGAACAUGAUUUACCCGCUGUGCAGAGAAAAUCAAUGGAAUUACUUAACACUAAAUUACAUCAACUAAAAGAAAACCAACAUAGUACACAAAUUGAUAUGUUGCUCCCCCUAGUAGACAAACUAACUAAAGUGGCAAAGACAACUCUGCUUGAUGAAAGGGAAUGUGAAGAUACAGCAGUAAAUGGACAGACAGCUUUGUAUAGUUUGAAAUUAUUAUGUAGAAUGCUUGGAAGUAAAAAUCCUAAACCGUUUGUGGAGGUAUUGAAAGUAUCAAGUAAUGUUUUACAUGAAAGAAUUGAAAGUGCUCCUAUAUGUGCUACAGUAUUACUGUGUAUAGCUGAACUAUGUACAUGUUUAAAAAUACAUAUAAUACAACAUCUACCAAUAUUCUUACCACAAGUUAUACAUAUGGUUUCUAUAGAUGAACAACUUCUAGAAAAUGAAUUAUUAACAUUAAGUUUUGCAACAGCAUUAUUGUGUGUUGUUGAAAGUUUACCUCAGUUCCUGAGUCCUUAUCUUCUAGAUAUUCUCAUACAGGUUUGUCGUUUGUCCACAUUUGCUGACGGAGAUAAUCCUCAAAGACCACAGUUACAAGUUAGAUUACAACUAGUGAGACAUUUAUUGGCUACAUCUUUACCAUCAAGAGUUAUCAUUCCUUGUAUUGUAUCAUGUUAUGAUAAAUUAGUGACAUAUGAUUGGGAAUGUUUGGUAUUUUUGAUGUUGAUCUUAAAAGAACAUAUCAGUGAAAUGAAGAAAGAAGAUCUAGAGAAUCAUCAUAAUCAACUACUAUUAUUCUUCUUUAAUUGUCUUGAUUUCCGUCUCCAUUAUUCACAGCAGGUGGGUGAAGAGGGUGUGAUCAAGAUUGAAGACUCUGUUAUCCAGACUAUUACUAGUAUGGUCAUGAAAAUGUCAGAGGCUAGUUUUCGUCCAAUGAUGUUUAAGGUAUUUGAUUGGGCAACGAGAGAUGGUAUAAAAGACAGAACACUUAUAUUAUAUAGAUUAAGUGAUCACUUGGUAGACACAUUACGAAGUUUAUUUAUUAUCGUAGCAGGACAAGUUGUCAACCAUGCCGCUGAAGUUUUAGAUGCUAAUAAUUCUAGUAAAACAGAAGAUAGAUAUUUUGGUAAAGGAAAAAUAAACAGAAGUAAACAGAACUUGUUGUUGUCGGCCAUAUUGGAUUGUCUGAGUAAAUGUUUUCUGUAUGAUAAUGAAGGAUUUGUUACUAAAGAUAGAUUUGAUACAGUCAUGUCUGCCAUUGUUGAUCAGUUAGAGAAUUUACCAUAUAAUGGAAGUGAGAAACCCUAUGAAAACAGAAUAACCAAUAGUUUGGUACCAUGUAUUGCUAAUUUAGCUGUUGCUGCUCAUGAUGACUCAUUGUGGAGAAAAUUAAACUAUCAGAUUCUACUUAAAACAAGACAUUCUUCUAAAACUGUAAGAAUGGCCACUCUAGAGGUCGUGGAUGAAUUUCACAAGAAAUUAGGAGAGGAUUUUAUGAGCCUCUUACCGGAAACUAUUCCUUUCUUAGCAGAACUUAUGGAAGAUGAUAGUGAUGAAGUAGAAAAGAAAUGCCAACAAGUUAUCAUAGAGAUGGAAAAAACACUUGGAGAACCAUUACAAAAAUACUUCUAAAUAUCUUAAUCAUCUCCUUAAUAAAAUCUAUAUUUACAUGUA